AUGCCUGAACUGUCAGGACAAGAAGAGGGAACAUCCCGUAUUGUUGCCGAUUACCUCACUUCUCUGGGCAGUUUCGAAGUUUUUACAAAGAUCGGCGGUCAUGGCCUUGCUGGGGUGCUCACCAACGGAGAGGGUCCUACAAUCCUUUUGCGCGCCGAUAUGGAUGCAUUGCCCUUGUUAGAGAAGACGGGCCUCCCUUAUGCAAGCGUGAGAACCCAGGUCGACAAGAGUGGUGUCGAGAAACCAGUUAUGCACGCCUGCGGCCAUGAUACUCAUGUUUCGUCUAUGAUGGCCGUAGCUAAGCUACUGCUGAGCGCUCGUUCUCAUUGGCAAGGAACUCUCAUUUGCCUAUUUCAGCCUGCAGAAGAACACCUGAAUGGUGCCAAGGCAAUGGUGGAUGAUGGGCUCUAUGACAAAAUUCCCCACCCUGAUAUUGUCCUGACACAGCAUGUCGACAACAGACGAUGCGGGACGAUCCAUCUGAGGAGUGGUCCAACCAUGACGGCAAGUGUGUCUUUACAGAUUCGCAUCUUCGGUCGCGGUGGGCAUGGUUCGGCUCCUCAGGAUUGUGUUGAUCCCAUCAUCAUUGGGUCUUCGAUUGUGGUUCAGCUACAAACAAUUGUCAGCCGCCAAAUUGACCCUGGGCAACUAGCGGUUGUUACGUGUGGAAGCAUACACGCCGGAGAUGCUCCAAAUAUUAUACCCGAUUCCUUGGAUCUGAAGAUUAAUAUUCGGGCACUUACAAAUGACAUUAUUGACCGAAUACUUGCAUCCGUGAGGAGAAUUGUCGAGGCUGCAUGCAAAGCAGGCGGAUGCGAUCGUGAGCCACUGAUCGAGACCAUUUCGUCUACUCCUGCGACUAUAAACGACGAUGCUACCGCCCAAACGCUUGAGAAGAGUUUCGCAUCUUAUUUUGGAUCGCAACUUGAGCAUAUGGACGUGGUAACUGCAAGUGAAGACGUAUCGAUCUUGGCAACUGCGGUUGGAGCUCCUAUGGUCAUAUGGUUCUUCGGUUCAACAGAUCCAAUCCAAUGGGAUGCCGCUAAAAAGAAUGGGAAAUUGAAUGAGAUUCCUUAUAAUCACUCGCCACUCUUUGCUCCCACCAUUCAGAGCCUGGAUGCUGCUGUAGAUGCAAUGUCAUUAGCGGCUCUCACACUUUUUAAGCCUGCUUUGGAGGUUGUAUAA